AAUAUGGCGAAAGCGGAGCAGGGGAUGGGCUCUCCCCUUCACAGAUAAUGGGAGGAGCCUGGCCAGAGCGAGUUCUUUCCUUUCGGCGCUGCGGCCGCAGCCAUGAGUAUGCUCAGGCUUCAGAAGAGGCUUGCCUCCAGUGUCCUCCGCUGUGGCAAAAAGAAGGUCUGGUUGGAUCCCAAUGAGACAAAUGAAAUCGCCAAUGCCAACUCCCGUCAGCAGAUCCGGAAACUGAUCAAAGAUGGGCUGAUCAUCCGGAAACCUGUGACUGUCCAUUCCCGGGCUCGAUGCCGGAAAAACACUUUGGCCCGCCGGAAGGGCAGACAUAUGGGCAUUGGUAAGAGAAAGGGUACUGCCAAUGCCCGAAUGCCUGAGAAGGUUUCAAGUAAUAGGAGAGAUUUCCGCAGAACUUUCCUGAGGAGUGAUGGAGUGACAGAGGUGGGGACACCAGGAGGUGGACUCAGGAUCCUCCUGCAGCCCCGAAUCCCCUCCCAACCCAGGGCAGAGAGCUGA